AUGAACCGCAAUGAUGGGCCACCAAUUAUCUGGGUCAGAGCGCGUGUAGAGAGUGUGGCGGGCGGCUCCGCCGGGCAGCCGGGCAGCGUCGGCCUGGCCGGCGGCCGCUCCGUCAGCGCGCGACGCGCGAUCGUGGUGGCGACCGAUGCGCCGGCUGCGCGCGGCCUCCUGGGCGACGCGCUGGAGGCAUCGCCUUCAAAGACAGAGCCCGGGGUUGGCACCUGUAACCUGUACUUCAGGGCGCCAGCAGCUCCCAGAGAGGAGAAUAUUCUGUACCUGAAUGGAGAGAGCGGGGGCCUUGUGAACAACGCCUGCUUCCCCUCCACUGUAGCGCCAUCCUAUGCACCCCCUGGGCAGGCACUGGUUUCAGUGUCCACAAUAGGCACGCAGCCGGACAUGUCAGACGAGCAGCUGGCGGAAGCUGUGAAGGGUGAGCUGGCGGCCUGGUUUGGCGCGGACCAGACAGCUACCUGGCAGCUGCUGCGCAUCUACCGCAUCCCCUUCGCACAGCCCAACCAGGCACCGCCGACAAAUUUUGUGAGGCCGGUGAAGCUGUCAGAGGGGCUGUAUGUGUGCGGGGAUCACCGGGACUCUGCCACCUUGGAUGGAGCUAUCAAGUCAGGCAGGAGGGCUGCUGAGGCAGUUCUGUCUGGCUCUGCAGCGCUGCCUGUUGGACAACAGCCUGUCGCUGUGCAGGCCUGA